AGUAAACCAAAGAGGUCUGGUUCCUGUUUCAUCCCUGCUCCGGGCUGAGCGCUGAGGAGCGCGGUCACUCGGUCGAGGAAUCUGGGAGCAGGCUCAGGGAUAAGCAGCUGAGCUUUCUCAUCCAGGCUGUGAGCAGAUGUCUCUGUCCUGGGGUGAUAGCAUUCAGGUCCACAAGGAGAUUUUCUUCCCUGCAGCUCCUCUAACAUAGAAAGGAGAUCGAGCCAGAGAUCACUGGGAAGGCAGUGACCAUGCCGACCUCCUCCACCCAACUGCCAGCCCUUGACUCUAUCAACACCACCCAGCAACCCAAUUCCAGCAUCUACUUGUUCUCCAAGUUCAUCCACCCCGACACAGAACUGUACACAGAAUUCUACAGCCUGUGGAUUGCCCUGAUGGUGGUCAAUGCCAUCAUUUUCCUCGUGGGUGUUGUGCUGAACAGCUUGGCGCUGUACGUCUUCUGCUUCCGUACCAAGACAAAAACCACCUCUGUUAUUUACACCAUCAACUUGAUUGUUACUGAUCUCUUGGUGGGCUUUUCCUUGCCUGUCCGGAUCAUCAUGUUCUACAGUGCAGGGGACUGCCUCAAAUGUUCCUUGGUUCAUAUCUUUGGCUACUUUGUCAACAUGUACUGCAGCAUCCUCUUCUUGACAUGCAUCUGCGUUGACCGCUACCUGGCAAUCGUGCAAGUGGAGGCCUCACGUAAAUGGAGGAACCCUACGUGUGCCAAGGGGAUCUGUGUCUUCAUCUGGAUCUUUGCCACUGCAGUGACUUUCUCCAUCCUGACCAUGGCAAUACAGUUUGCUGAGUGCUGCCUCUCCAAGAUUCUGGUCCUGAUGGUGUGCGAGUACUUCUUCCCCCUCAUCAUCAUCAUCUUCUUCACCACCAGGAUUAUGUGUGCUCUGUCCAAGCCCAGCCUCAUGCACCAGAGUCGGGAGAGGAGAAUGAGGGCUGUGCAACUCCUUAUCACUGUGCUCAUCAUCUUCAUGAUCUGCUUCACUCCUUUUCACGUGCGACAGGUAGCAAUCUCCAUCAACCCGGACAUGCCCCAUGGUGUCAGCCUCCUUGUCUACCAUGUGACAGUGACUCUGAGUAGCCUCAAUAGCUGCAUGGACCCCAUUGUCUACUGCUUUGUCACCAAUAACUUCCAGUCGACCAUGAAAAACAUCUUUAGGAAAACCGAACCAGAGCGAACCAGUGUGGACAUCCUGGGCAUGAACAAGAACUCCAAGGGCCCCAGUGCAAUCAUCGCCUUCUCAAACACAAUAGGAAGCCCUGUGAGCUUGCCAUCACCAAGCAGUGUCCAGAUAUAACCCACAGCUGAUGGGACACAGUAAGCCAGUGUAGUGAUGCUGGAAUAUUGCUAAGAUGCACAACACUAUUGUCUUUGACCUCUUUGUUUUUUAGGCUGAGGUUCAGAAUGACAGUGGUGGGAUUAAUUUCUCAAGAACAUCGUGGUCUGUUUGGAAAAUGGAACUUGCAGUGAUGUUUCUACCAAUACAAAAGAGAAUCCAUUAAUUACUGUUCCAAAUGGGCUAGUUUUCUUUGUAUUUUAAUACAGACAUUUUGCUAGCAACAAAUUCUUCAC